GCGGUCAAGAACCAAAUACACCCUCUUUACCUGUCGUCUUCUUCGUAAAGACGACACCAGAAACAAGAAGUAAGAAGAGAGAAUUCUGGGUUUUGCUCAAUUCUUUCUAGAAAAACAGAAUUCUGGUUCUUUCUCGUAAGAAUCUGUGAAAAUGGGCAGUAAUGCGGUUGAAGAUGGUGGUUACUCUUCGCUAAAUGACUUCAAAUUGGAAAUCGUCAAUCAAGAGGGCGAUGUUAAUGGCAGUUUUUCUCUGUGUUUUUGGCUUUAUUUACCAGCAGAUUCAUCCCCUUUUCCUUCCACCCUUCUUCGUCAGCACCAUUCUGAUUCAUCCAGCCAUGCCCCAUUUCUUGUUUUGACUGCAAAUAAAGAAAUGGUGGUUUACCCAAUUCAUUUUGUACCUCAAGAAGCACCGAUACCCAGCGAUGGAACGGAAAUCCCAAGUGCAAAAACCAAGAUUGAAUUCGAAUUCCCUCUAAAUAAAUGGGUUCACAUUGGAUGUGAGAUGUCUACUGAUAUUAUAAGACUUCACAUUAAUGGCGAAAUUGUGGGAGAGACGUGUAUAAGUUUGACGUUUGAUAGUUCAAGAAAAGUUUCUUUAGUUGGACUUGGCGCUAACGAAGAUGACUUAGUUGACGGUUUUGUCCACGGUGUUGAAAUCUUUCCUAUUACGUCAUCUAUUAAAGAUUACUUUGUUAAGGACCCUCCGGUUCAACUUCAUGUUGAUAGUUUGAGUGCCACUGAUAUCGAAGAAGACAAUGAUGGAGUGUGGAGCGUUGUUGGUGGAAAGGCAUCGUGUCGUAGGAAUUUCUCUUUGGAUGUUAAUUUAAUGGAUGCCUUUGGGCACUCGGUGAACAAAGAAAUGGAGGUUAUUGCUUCACUUACGUAUGCCGACAAUGGUGCAUAUGUUGAGAAACCCGAUGAUGCAGAAGCUCCAUUGCUAACAAGUUAUGAUGGAAUCGAGUUUGCUUCUUGGGACAGACCAAGUAAACUAAUCAACGGUCGUGCUUCAUUUAAGCUUAAGAUAUCUCAGCUUUCAUCAAAGUGCGAUAACAGGCUGUUUCGUAUUAAAUUUAACAUUCCCAAGAUGGGAAGAAGAUAUCCGUUUCUUGAAGUGUUUUCUCGUUCUAUUCGGUGUAUUUCACGUAAUCGCAAUACACGACCAUCUACUUUGAUAUGGAAACGACCGACUUCUGCUAUGCAUUCGGGUAGUGGAACCUCUUGGCUUGACGGAGGGUCCGUUGAGCCUGUGCACAACAUUGUUCAUGAGGCAAAACCGAGCCCAUCAUCGAAACGGGUCAAGUUAGGACAAGGAAACCCGUUUGUGAAUUUAUCAUCCAAUACUUCAUUCAAGCAAGGGGACCAUGAAGGCAAUAAGCAGGAUGAUAGAUUGAACGGUAGGAUUUCGGAAGGUAGACAAGAAAUGCGUGAUGGAACAACUCACAAUUCGUCAUCUGAUUCCGAUAGUAGUGAAGCCACAAACUCAUGUAAGAGCCGUUCAAGUAACGGAAGUUCGGUUUCAGACCUGACCGUCUUCAAAUAUUGCCUCGGAACUGUAACGGAAAAGUCUCUUCUUCUAAAGGAUCUUGCAAAUUCAGCCUCUGAACAAGAUCUUAUGGAGUUUGCUGUGCAGGUUUCCCAGUUGUCUGGUUGUCUUCAUCAUCGGAACCAAAUAAGAAUUUCGAAGAGGAUGAUAGAGGAGGGAACGAAUGCUUGGAAUUUGAUAUCACGUAACAAUCACAAUGGUUUGUGGGAUAAUAUGAUCCUGGUGAUAAGCGAGCUGUUUAUGAAGGUUGCACGCUGCCGAAACAGAUUCUUGACACAACAGGAUUUUGAGGUUUUAAGGAGAAUUGGUGGUUGUCAGGAGUCGGUGAGUCGGGAAAACUUUGAGAAGUUAUGGUGUUGGCUAUACCCUGUGGCUUUCGGUUUGUCACAGAACGGGCUUAACGAAAUGUGGGAUUCCAGAUGGAUCGAAGGGCUGGUUACGAAAGAAGAAGCGGAAUCUUCACUUCAAGGCCCUGGAGGCGGUCUUGUUGACCCUGGCACGUUCGUGCUCAGAUUUCCUACAUCGAGGAGUUGGCCUCACCCAGACGCUGGUAACCUUAUCGUUACUUAUGUUGGUAGCGAUUUUGCCAUACACCAUAGGCUGCUGUCACUUGAUUUCUUUUACAGUUGUGGUGGCAACGGGAAAUCACUGAAGGAGAUGCUAUUGGAGGAGCGGGAACUAUCUCGAUUAGGAAGGAUUACAAGAAGUUUGCGGCUCGUUUGAGAUAGAUUCGUUAAUAGGAAAAAGGUCUUAUAGUUUCUAACGUUGAAAGAUGACGACACCCUCUUUUACCAAUAGACAUUACUACAAACCUUUUGUGCACUCUUUUUAUGGUGGUUUGAAGGAUAUAUAAUCCAGUAUAUUUGUUUUGUUUUAGAGUAGAGUUAGAAGUGUUUAUCUGGUCAGAGAUGUUGCUGUGCGAUCGAGAUGUUGACAUGGUAAGCUAAAGGAGAGACGUUAACUCGACC